AAUAUACAGUUGACUCAGAUCUGAAAUAACAGGAAGACCUAUAUAAACCAAAAAAUCAAAUUCGCCGACGGUUACUCGAUCCAGCACCCAACACGUUCUUUCUACUCAUCGACCUCAAAAUGACGAAAACGCCCCUGACCGUCGUCCUCCUCCUCUUCCUCCUCAUCUCCGCCGUAGUCCCACCUUCCACGGCCGAGAUCAAAUCCCUCGUGAUCUCCUCCGACGCCCGCCCCAUGAUCCUCUUCGAGAAAUUCGGAUUCACACACACCGGCCACGUCACCGUCUCAGUCUCCUCCGUCUCCGUCGUCUCCACCUCCCCAGAUCCGAACCCCGAUCCAUCCCGCCUCGGCUUCUUCCUCCUCUCCGAAGAGUCCCUCCUCCAGGUCCUCCUCGAGAUCCAGCAGAACGCUAGGUUCUGCGUUCUCGAUUCGCACUACGUCACGCAUCUAUUCACCUUCAGAGAUCUAUCGCCUCCGCCGAACUCGCGGUUCAACCACUCGUACCCGGUGACUUCCCCCAACGAGUACUCUCUCUUCUUCGCGAAUUGCGCUCCCGAGACGAAAGUCUCCAUGGCGGUUAGAACCGAGAUGUAUAACAAAGAUCCCAACGGAUCUAAGGACUACUUACCCGCCGGAUCCACACAGCUGCCGUCUCUCUACUCCUUCUUCUUCCUCUGCUACGCAACCUUUCUCGGAUACUGGGGAUACACUUGCUAUACCAACAAGCGAGUCGUUCAUCGGAUCCAUCUUCUCAUGGCAGGUCUGCUUCUAAUCAAAUCGUUGAAUCUGAUCUGCGCAGCUGAGGAUAAGCAUUACGUGAAGAUCACGGGGACGCCUCACGGAUGGGACAUCCUCUUCUACAUCUUCCAAUUCAUUCGUGUCGUGUUGCUUUUCACCGUGAUCAUCUUGAUCGGAACGGGAUGGUCUUUCUUGAAGCCGUUUUUGCAGGAGAAGGAGAAGAACGUGUUGAUGAUUGUGAUCCCUCUUCAGGUCCUAGCCAACAUUGCUUCGAUUGUGAUCGGCGAGACGGGGCCUUUCAUUAAAGAUUGGGUGACGUGGAACCAAGUGUUCUUGCUUGUUGAUAUAAUCUGUUGCUGUGCGAUUAUUUUCCCUAUCGUAUGGUCGAUUCGGGCCUUGAGGGAGACAUCGAAAACCGAUGGGAAAGCGGCGAGGAACUUGUCGAAGCUGACGUUGUUUAGACAGUUUUAUAUUGUUGUUAUUGGGUAUUUGUACUUCACGAGGAUCGUUGUGUUUGCGCUUAAGACGAUUGCGGCGUAUAAGUACCAGUGGGUGAGUUUUGCGGCGGAGGAGAUUGUGAGUUUGGUGUUCUAUGUGAUUAUGUUUUAUAUGUUUAGGCCUGAGGAGAAGAAUGAGUACUUUGCUGUUGAUGAUGAUGAAGAAGAAGCUGCUGCUAUUGCGCUUAGAGACGAUGAGUUUGAGCUUUGAGAUAAAAAGGGGAAAAGUCUGAGGCUCUGGAAGACUGGAAGACACAGAGUAUGUUUUAUGUUAAUGUCGGCUAAUAUUGCAACUACCUUUUGUUCCCUUGUGUUAAAUUUUGUUCUUCUUUAUAUUGAAAACUCCAUUGUUACAAACGUUCAACAGUUUUUAUAGUUUUAAUCUUUGCGAAUUCAUGAAACAA